GCCAGUAAAAAUUGUUAUAGUAUGAAAGAAUUAAAUCUUAUUAUUUAGUAAAACUAAAGAAGAAUUAUGGAAGAAAAUAAAGUAGUUCCAAUUGAUACUCUUCUCCCUAUUGAAAUAGUUGCAGAUUCGUUAAAAGAAGAAGGAAUAUUUUUGAGGAUACUGCGUGCUUCUUGUCCGAUUCCACAGCGGUACGUAUUUGCUAUCAUAGGAUUGCUCGGGAUAAGCAAUGCAUUUACAAUGCGUGUGAGUUUGAAUAUAGCAAUUACACAAAUGGUAAAUCGAUCUAAGGUUUUGACAGAUCAUUUGGACCCCAAUGCGUGUCCUAGUGAUGAAGUGCUCGGUGUUGUUGUUAAGAAUAAUACAAGACCAUAUGCCAUUUACGAAUGGAAUGAAGAAACACAAGGAUUUCUUUUAAGUGGAUUUUACUACGGAUAUGUAACAACGCAAGUUUUAGGAGGUUUCUUGGCAGAAAGGUACGGUGGCAAAUGGGUUUUGGGGAUCGCACUACUAAGCACUGCUUUGUUUACAUUUAUGACUCCAUUUACCAUUAGAACUGGAGGUGUUACUUGGCUCUUCAUUCUGCGGGUUCUUGAGGGUAUGAGUGAGGGUCCGGCUAUGCCUAGUCUAAUGAACUUGAUGGCACGAUGGGCACCAAUCCAAGAGAGAGCGCUUAUGUCGGCUAUCCUUUUUGGAGGUGGUCAAAUGGGUAACGUUUUAGGUCCAUUAUUGUCUGGUAUCAUAUUAGCCAACGGUAGAGACUGGGCUUAUGUAUUUUAUUUCUUUGGAGGUUGCGGUGUGGUAUGGUUCGUAUUUUGGAGUAUUUUGUGCUUCAGUGACCCAAACUCGCAUCCAUACAUUUCGAAGAAGGAAUUAGAUUAUCUGAAUAAAAGUGUUGCAAAAGCUAAAAGUAACAUAAAGAAAGAUUCAGUGCCUUGGAAGGCAAUUUUGAGAUCACCACCAGCAUGGGCUUUACUUGCCGCCAACGUGGGACAUGACUGGGGUCUCUACACUAUGAUAUCGGAUCUACCAAAGUAUUCGCACGAUGUUUUAAGAUUUGAUAUAACAACCACUGGUAUUCUUACGGGAUUGCCUUAUAUUGCGAUGACAAUUUGUUCCUUCAUUUUCGGUAUGAUCAGUGAUUGCUGCAUUAAAAAUGGUUGGCAUAGUAUUAAAACCGGACGAAUUAUCUAUACAACUAUAGCUACUACAGGACCAGGAAUAUGCAUUAUUUUAGCAUCAUACGCUGGUUGCAAUAGAAGUGCCGCUAUAAGUUAUUUUAUUUUAUCAAUGGGACUCAUGGGUGGAUUUUAUUGUGGAAUGAAGAUAAAUACGUUAGAUCUAGCGCCGAAUUAUGCAGGUUCCUUAACUUCGUUCGUAAAUACGACUUCAACAUUAGCAGGCAUUAUUACACCUUAUUUAAUAGGACUGCUAACGCCUGAUUCAACAUUAGUUCAAUGGCGGACAGCAUUUUGGGUGUGCCUCGCAGUUCUCGUUCUUACAAACAUCAUAUACUGCAUAUGGACAGAAGGGGAACAGCAGUGGUGGGAUGAUGUACGACACUUGGGAUACCCACCAGGGUGGAAACACGGACCAAUCAUCAAAGAAGAAUUGACACAAAGAUCAACAGAUCCAGAAUACAUUGAAUUAACGAGAAAAUUGUGUGCAGAAAUACAUUGAAUAAUGUGUAUAAUUGUAUAUGUGUAUUUAUCUGUAUACAUAAAUCUAUACAAAUAAAGAAAACUGCAGUGCCGCCCUGUGAUUUUGAAAUUA